AGCAAAGACUUGAGGGGUCUGGAGAAGUUGUGCAGAUCAUAAAUUCAGCUGUCUGCUCCGUCCGGUUUUCCAUAAACUUGAAUCGUGCCUGUGGCUUUGUCUGUACGUGUGUGAGAGAGGGAGAGAGAGCGAGCAGGUGACCCGGGCGAAGCUAUAAAACUUGUCUCCUGGUUUCCAUCCAAGCUGCAUAAGCAGAUAUCUAGUCGGCUAGCUUGUUAGCUAAGUGUGGCUAAAAUGAACGGCUUCAUUAGCAACUCGGGUUACGAUGAAGGCUGCUUCCUCUUCACUUCUGAGUCAGUCGGAGAAGGACACCCCGAUAAACUCUGUGACCAAAUCAGUGAUGCUGUGUUGGAUGCACACCUCAAACAUGAUCCUGAUGCCAAAGUAGCAUGUGAAACUGUUGCCAAAACGGGGAUGAUCCUGCUGGCUGGGGAAAUCACUUCCAGGACUAACGUGGACUACCAGAAGGUUGUCAGGGACACAAUUAAGCAUAUUGGCUAUGACGACUCUUCCAAAGGCUUUGACUAUAAGACUUGCAAUGUGCUGGUGGCGUUGGAGCAGCAGUCCCCUGACAUUGCCCAGGGUGUUCAUCUGGAUCGCAAAGAGGAAGAUGUUGGAGCUGGCGAUCAGGGUCUGAUGUUUGGAUAUGCCACUGAUGAGACUGAAGAGUGUAUGCCCCUUACCAUUAUCCUGGCUCACAAGCUCAACGCCAAGAUGGCUGAAUUACGCAGAAAUGGGGAGCUGCCGUGGCUCCGCCCCGAUUCCAAAACUCAGGUGACUGUUCAGUACAGACAGGACAGGGGAGCAAUGGUGCCUUUGCGCGUCCACACGGUUGUGAUCUCUGUGCAGCACGAUGAAGGUGUAAGUUUGGAUGAGAUGCGCUGCUGCCUGAAGGAGCAGGUGGUGAAAGCUGUGGUUCCCAGUGGGUUCCUUGACGAUGACACCAUCUACCACCUGCAGCCCAGUGGUCGCUUUGUCAUUGGGGGACCACAGGGUGAUGCUGGUCUGACCGGGCGCAAGAUCAUUGUCGAUACUUACGGGGGUUGGGGAGCCCAUGGAGGUGGAGCUUUUUCUGGGAAGGACUACACAAAGGUAGACCGCUCUGCAGCCUAUGCUGCCCGUUGGGUGGCCAAAUCUCUUGUAAAAGCGGGGCUCUGCAAGCGUGUCUUGGUCCAGGUAUCCUAUGCUAUUGGUGUUGCCCACCCCCUCUCGGUCUCCAUCUUCCACUAUGGGACCUCCCAGAAGAGUGAAAGGGAGCUGCUGGAAAUUGUGAACAAGAACUUUGACCUCCGUCCGGGAGUUAUUGUCAGGGAUCUUGACCUGAAGAAGCCCAUCUACCAGCGCACCGCAGCUUACGGUCACUUUGGGCGUGAUGUCUUUUCGUGGGAGGUGCCAAAGAAGCUGAUUUACUGAACCCUCCCUCUCAGUGGGCCUUGUGUUUGUCUACCUUCCUCCUUUCCUGUCUUCUCCUCCUCCUUUUUUUUUUUUUUUUUGUUUUUUUUCUUCCCUCCUCUCCUCUCACACAGCAGCACUUUGACAGCCUUUGUUGCAGGCAAAAUGCCCUUUUAUCCCUGAAGAGAGAACAAUAACUGUUUCAGUUGCCAAGACAUAAGAGUUUAAGCACUGUAGCCAGACUCUAGUAAUCUUCUCUGGUGCUUUAUUUAUUUAUUUAUUUUCCCUCUUGCAUAAUAAUGGUGAUCAUGUUUCCUGAAACACCAGGAAAAAAAGUGCACUGAUCUGUAUCUCAGCAAAUCUGGUGUUAUUGACAGCUUAAAUUUAAAUCAUCUCUACCAGCAAUUAAAACGUCACAACCUAGUAUUGAACAACUUUUUAAAUACUGAAUCUCAUUGUAUUAGUUUUAGAAGUGAUCAGUGGUAACAAGUGUCUGAUAUUGCCUAACUGAAUGGUAAUUUCACAUUGCAGAAACACCUUUUGUUGCCCUUGCACUCCCUCCGUUUUUAUAAAACUCUCCACGCCACCGACGGGUCAAACACUGCAGUUUUUUUUUUUUUUUAAAUUUGUGCUGUCCCUUCAGGCUGGUGUUUUCUGACGUUUUACAGAGAAGUCAGAAGCUGCUACAACCUUGUUAUGUUGGGCUGCACCAUGAAACUGCUCCAUUUUUGUAAUUUAUUUUGUAGCUUUAAAAACCAUGCGAAUGUUGCAAAUUGUGUUAAAUGUGUUCUGCUGCCCAAGAUGAAGGCACAGUACUUGAUAGACUGAGUCUGGGUGUAUUACAGAGAAACCCAGGCUCUGUCACCUGAGCAGGACCUGGCUUUAUCUCAUGGCAACACCAUACUUGAAAUAAUUUAUACGAUGGUGUUUGUGGGACCUUAGUUUGACCAGCAAAGAGGGGCAACUUAGUGUGUGUCACAAAUUUUUUUUUUUUUUUUUUUUAAAUCCAGAAACUGUUUCCCCCUCUCGUGUUGAAUGUCUCCUUUUUGUCUCACCUGAACUCAGUGUGAACGUGGAACAUGAAGGAUAGAGCUACAGAUAUGAGCAUCGCACAGUUGUAGUCAGUAGGUGUUUAAGGUUACCAAAAAUUGGAUGGGCUUCUGUUCUGGAAGUUGUGUAUACAGAUGCUGUUAAAUGAAUGCUGAGGUUGUAACGGAAGCUUUUAUUUUAAAAUAUUUAUUUGUUUUUAAAAAGGAUGUAUUCAUAUUUAAUGCCAUACAUCAUGGGUUGUGAUUGGCACAAGUUAAAUGUUUCCACAAGAAACUGAGUUUUCUGAGAUUAUUGCUGUUGUUCUUUUUAAAGACUGGAGUGUUUGUGUUAAAGUGAGGAUGUGACUGUCGGACCCUGGUUAGAUUCAAACCCUAGGCUUUUAUAAAUGGAGUAUUUGACCUCGAGUGCUUCCCCAGUUGCACUAUUGACUGUUUUGACUCUACUGCAAACCUGAGUUGGAUCAGCUAAAUAUUAAUUUUUAACUCCGGCUUAUAGCAUUUGGAUGUUAUCUUGUUAGUUGUUGGUAGGUUCCAAAUAUGCCUGCAACAUGCAGCUAGAUGGUGCUGUGUCCUCAAAAAUUAUACUGAAGGUUUUUAGUUUGGCUCCUGUAGCUCCACCUUGUGGCUGUUUGCAUCUACUGCAAAGACAGAUUGAUUUUUAAAUUCCUCUUGCAAACCUCUGUGUAGCCCUUUUUCAGACAUGGGUCAUGUUCAUGUUAAUGGUCCUCACAUCUUCAUUCAGACAUUCCCAGGACAGUGAUACAGCGUGCUUGAUAUUUGCCAUUUGUGCAACAGGCUAGGUGCACUUUUGCUGCUGUGUUUAUGAAAUCAACUCCAGUGACAUGGAACCACACUUUACUGCUCCCAUUUUCCCGUCUGUUGCAUUGUGCUUCUGUGAGAGUUGUAUCCCCAUCCUCACACUCAGCGAUCUCUCUUCUGAGCGGGGAAUGGCAAAAAUCACUUAUAGACAAAUGUUUUAAUCUUGCUGCUGAGUAGAAGCGUUGGUGAGAUAACAUGUUGGGGUUCAAUGUAUUGCUGUCUAGGGUACUCUCUUGUGAGCUGAGCAACCCGCAAAGGUGCAGUAGUCGCAUUAAUGUAAAUGUGGUUCAGAUUUGCAUUCUGUUGAAAGCGAUAUGUAAAUGUUGCAGGGUCUGGUGAGAUUGCUGUUACAAUCUUAUAAAGUGAAAGUGUCCAGGGUGCUCUUUCAGGCAUGCAGCCAACACAUCAGGAUACAAUCACAAUAAUAGGAUACUGUGUGUCUAAAAGGGGCUAAUCUCUGUGCUAAUCCAAAUUAACUCAACUUCUGACUUUGCAUCCUCCAGCUCCUCCACAGAUGGGACAAAAGAUUGGUUGGUGUUGUACAGAGAAACCAGCCUGUUUACAUGACCUCCUGUGGGGGGCUGUGAAGAACACGUUUUGUUUUUUUUUAAUGAUUUUUAAGUCUGUCAGUGAUUGCUAAAUGUGUAAAAAGUGCCUUCUCUUCUCUUGCAAACUUCCUCUUCCCCUACCUCCAAGUACGCAACUUCUUACUUUUUCUUUUUUUUUUUUCUUUUUUUUUUGCCCCCCCCCAACACACACACCCAAGGUUAGUUUCCCUCUUCAGUCAUUCUUACUGAUGAGUGUGAUUUGUUGUUGACUUUCUCUUAAACUGUUGAAAUAAACUGCGCCCUUGCUUUGUGCUUACA